AUGCAGUCGGUAGAACCAGAUUAUUUCACGUGCACUCUGGGAGAAGCCGUGCGGGGACGAGGGCGCCCCUCUUCGGCCACCACUUCCUUCGCGUCCAUCAUCGACGUGAUCGACCAGCAAGCCGAGCGAUAUCCCGAUCUCCCUGCCAUCGGUUUUGCGCAGCCAAGAGAAGGGCAGCAAAAUGGCUCCAGUACGUGA